UAUCGCAAAGGCACAAUUUUUGCACGCGGUAUUUUUAAAUAUCAUAAAAUUGUGAUAAUGAACUCUAAAUCUAUUUUUACAAUAGACGCAUACAUUGAGUUAUAUGCAAACUAAAAAACACAUCCUGUACCUGUUAUAAAUGUGCUUUAUUUGAAACAAAGUUUAUGGUUUUAAGUGAUUAUGACAUGAGUAUAUUUUAUGACUGCAGAUGUAGCACUAUAUUAUAAUGUGCCGAUAAUUAUUAGAUAAUAAUACUUAUUAUGAUGGAUCAGUCGAGCUGAAACCCUCAGUGUGAACAGUGCUCGGAUGAAAAGACAAAAAUGCGUUGGAUAUUUCCUGUACCAGUUCUUCUUAUAUCUUGGUUUGGUGUGGAGCAAGUGAAAGGGAACUCAUGCAUCAGGACUGCAUUGUGGGCCCUAAGUAUCACUCCUCUUGUACAGGCGGAAUGCCAAACUCGCACCAUAUUCUGUUACGACUGUGACAGCUGGACGGACCCCCGGUGUAAGGACCCGUUCAACUACACAGCUCUGCCCAGGGACCAGCCGCCUUUGCAGAACUGCAAGGGGUGCUGCGUGAAGAUGGUGCGAUACUCUAAAACUGCAUACGAAGUUGUGAGGCGAACCUGCACUUCCCAGCUACAGAUAAAUCUAUUCAUGGUGGACCACGUAUGCAUGAUGGAAAGUACAGGCACUGGUCACAUGUGUUUCUGCGAGGAAGACAUGUGCAACGGCGCAUCGACUAUCGAUAUAACGCUGGCGUUGACGGCACUAAUGUUGCUAGCAUGUGCAUGUUGCAGGUGAAGUAGGACGCUAGUGAUGGCUGGUGAGUGUCAAUCGAUUUUAUCGAUAAUCGAAAAUAAAUAUAAGAAAAUGAA